UUGAGACCAAGUUACGUUCCCCUUUUCUUGCCACGACCAUCAUGCUUGGAGAUGAGUGAAUGAGCGAUAUUCGGGCUAGAACCCGUAUUUAAAUCCUCUCCUUUAUUCCACACAGCGUUGCAGGCUUCCUCUCUGUCUGGGCCGACCAAAGUAAACAAAAAGCUUCAUCCACUAUACGAAACAACGUGGCAACGAUGACAAGUCCUCCAACUUCCUCCCCUGGCGAGAUCCCAUUACCGGAUGGGUUUUUGACUCUCGAUCAAAUCCGAAAUAUCCCCAACAGCUGUCUCCGGGAGAAGAAGUCAUUCGUUAACGUUAUAGGAUUCGUGAAGGAUUUUCAACCCCCGUACAAGACCGGGGGUACAGACUUCAAAUGUUCCAUUGAAAUUAUGGAUUACUCCGAUCGGGGAAUGAAAGUCAACUUCUUCGAAAAAACCGAACAAAACAUGCCGCCCCCACCUGGUGCUGGCGAUGUAGUUCUUAUGCGCGGUGUCAAACCCCAAUUGUAUCACGGAGUUAUGGGACUUCUGAAAAACAGUUCUUCUGAAUUCCGUUUCUUGGCCUCAGAGAACAUACCCCAGAAAGUAUUGGGCGAAUCAAACUCUCCUUGGCGGUCGUAUCCCGUAGGCAAGGGCCGCUCUCCGACCGCUGCUGAGAUGAAAUACGUGUUAUGGGCGAGCAAUCAUGCGGACGUGAUUGACCUGCCUUCUAAUCAACAAUUUGGAGUAAAAGUGGUCCAAGCCAUGAAGCAAAAUACGGAUAAAUUCAGUCUCUUGAAGGAUAUCAAGCCCGAUCGAUACUACAACAUUCUAGGGCAAGUUGUCAGGCUUUACGAUUCUUCCGGCACGCUGCAAGUCUAUCUCUCUGAUUACACCCCCAACAGUCGUUUUCAUAACUAUGCAUGGGGCGAAGCGGGCAAAAACGAUGUCGGCCGCGAGGGCGAUGAUUUUGGUUAUAUAAGUACGAGGAAUAAAGAAGCGAAAGAGUGGCCUGGACCGUACGGAAAGAUGACCAUUCAAUUGACUCUCUGGGAUUCGCACGCUUCCUUUGCUCGCGAGGAAGUGAAGGUCGAUGACUGGGUUCUUCUGAAAAAUGUUCACGUGAAGUUUGGCAAGAUCGGAGGGGUUCUAGAAGGCUUUAUGCAUGGAGACAACGGCAAGACGAACGUGAGCAUAAUGAAUUUGACCGAAGGAACAGUCGAAGAUCAUGGCAGGUUGAAGGAAGCUACGAAUCGCAAACUCCAGUGGUGGAAGAGGUUUACAGAACAGAAGCCGAAAUAUCUUGAAGAAGCAGCUGGUCUGGGAAACAAACGAAAGGAUGAUGGAGAGGGAUCAUCGAAAUCCAACAGCAAGAAACGUCGCGAAGAGGAACGUGCUGCAAGGCUGAAAAGGGGGGCAGCUGCGGAGGCGAAGAAGAUGGGACGGUUGAAUCUCAAUGAGAAUAUCCGGUGCAAUAACCCAGACCAGCCAAUUGUGGCCUUGUCGGAGAUUUUGAAACCUCUAGCUCUCACCAGGAACGAAGAGGGUCAACAAACUCCGUCAUCAUUCACUUGUGCGAAAUACCGGGCAAAUGUGAGAGUUGUGGACUUCUUUCCCCAUAAGGUCGAAGACUUCGCUGUUGGGCGCCGACCAAGCGAGUAUGACAUUUUGUCAGAUUAUAGUGGAGGCGAAGACACGGAUCGAGAGGAAGAUAUACGGGUCUUCAAGAGCGGGAGAGGUUUCGCGAAAAAUAUAUGGGAAUGGAGAUUUGUGUUGCAGGUCGAAGACGCUAGCUCGAAAGAGUCCAAGGAGCGACUGUGGUUGAUGGUCGACAAUCACGCUGCACAAGGUUUGUUGAACCUCGAAGACGAUGCAACGAACUUGCGACGAGACCCCAGGCUCUUGAGCCUGGUCAGAGAGCAGCUCUUCAAACUUUGGGGAGAUCUCGAAGAGCUAAAUUCCGAGCGACUGAGGCAGCAGUCCGAGAGGGGGAAAGAACUGCCUCCAUCGUCUCUCGGGUCAGAAUUUCCACCCUCGUCGCCCCCUCGAAAAGCAGGCGAGAUGCCUGACGCAGAUAGCGAUGUUGAAAACGAGCCGUCGCAGCCCAAAUCGGCGAAGAAGAGCUCGAACUCAGCCGUCUUGACAGAGCAGGAUCUGAAUAUUUCCAAGUCAGGCAUUGUUGCAGGCAGCGCUGAUAAGUCGACUCCCAGUCUUGAGGUUAAAAACAAGGCUUUCACCUGCUGUAUCCACCAAUACGGAGUCAAAGUCGAUGAAGAUGAUCCUUCCAAAGCCAAUGCUGGUGAUGGAAAGAGAUGGCAGAGAGUAUUUGGUUUGUUCGGAACUCACAUUGUGUGAACGGAAGACCUCCAGAAUUGCUUGAGGUUAAAAAUAUUUCUUGUUCAAGAUACCUCAGAUAAUGUUUGUUGUAUAGGAUCAUCACAGGAAGCGGAAUAUUAAUGGACUUCAUGAGUUAGCACGUAUUGAAAGUGACGUUACGGGACGUCAGCUUACCAAUCUCUCCAUUUCUGCAGGUCAGCUGAUUUGUCAUAUCGGCAUUACCUGACAAAUCACGAUACCAUGUAUAUAUAUGCCCCCAAGUCCUUGAUUUGGAGGGCCAGCUGCUAUUGUCAACAAAUGUCCAUUCCAACAGCACAAUUCUCGUUGCACAUCGC